AUGUCUUCGAAGCGACGUGUGAUUCUCGACGACGGCUCCGAGCACGACCACAACGAGUAUACCGAGGACGAGGACUCGUCCGCCACGUUGGCGUCUCCGACCGAGAUCCCCGCCGCCGGUCGUAACACGCUCUUUGGAGACGACGUCGUUCGUGACUACCAUGGGGAGGACUUUGUGGAUGCCGGCCCCGUGAGCACCCCCGCCCAGCACUUUGGUGCUGCCGGGCUCUUGGACCCAAGUGCGACGCCAUGGCCUCAGCUACCACCUGCGGUCUUCCUCCAGCAUCUUCAUAUGCAGGUCGCAAACGUCCAAGGCCACCGCACUGAACAGCUCCUGCGGGAGAUCGGUCUUGUCCUCCUGGGCCACCGGGAGGAGGAUAAGCUCCCUUACAUUCUCAACCCUCCCCCCUUCCCCGAGUGGGAGGAGCUGCAGGCCAUCCACGUCCGCGCCGCAGCCAUCUCCAAUAACAAGAAGUCAACGGGCACCGCUAGCAGCGGAACCGCAGGCAGCCGUCCGCCGACGUCGACAACGGGUGCUCGCGACCUUCCUCCUCCGGUGGCCCAUUACUCGAGCCGGGUAGACCCCUCCACCUUCGACUACCCCGCGGCUGAGCCCGUCGGAGCCGCCGCGCAUGGCAUGCCGACCUACGUGCCCCAAGCCCCCCCUGCCGUGCCCCAAGGCCGCCCCGCCCCCCCGGGCGCUCCAUUCGCCACCCCCGCUAGCGGUGAGCGCAGUGGCGCCACCAGCAACAGCGCCUGA